UCUUGAUUAUACUUGAUGAUAACGUUAGUAACCACCGUACCCUUACCAAUGAUAAUUUAGCUUCUAUUGUGUGAUUAAAAACAUAAAAAGUAAAAUCAUAAUUAUAGUAAUUAAGAAUUAAUCAUAUAUCUUAUUUUUGUCCAGUAUUAUAAAAUCAAAACUUUGUUAUCAGAUGCUAUCUCAAAGUAUCUGGCAGCUGAGUGAAAACGUGAAUCUUUUUAACCUAACUAGGUUUAACUUUAACUUGCUUAAGGAUUAUUUCUUUGCAUUAAGUAUAAUGUUAUUGUUAGGCCUAGGCAUUGAUCUUCAGGUACCAGUCAUAAGUUGAUGAAUCUUGAUUUAGAUUUGCUAUUUUAAUUAUCCCAAUUUGUUAGAAUUUAUUAAAGUUCGGUAUUCUGUUGAAGAGACAAUUUAGUACUCAAUAUUAAUAGCAUUGUUGUAACUUAUAUCAACAAUAGACAUUAUGUGCUAUUAGUAUUACUAAUACGUUAGUAAAAUUAAUGCUGCAUAACAUUAACUUAAAUGUGACUGCCUUCAUUUUCAAAAUUUAAUAAAAAAAGAAUUUUGAUUAGUAAAUUCAUAGUAAUAAUAAUAAGACUGAAUAAACCCCAAGUCAGAUAUUAAAAUUUAAAGUAUUUUUGUUGUUCAGUUUCUAAGUUCCGUAAACCAUCACAAUUGAGUAUAAAGUAAAAUAAAAUGGUUGAUCCAUCAAUAAACUGUUUAUUUGGGAAAUGUAUUCAAACACUUGAUUAGACUUCCAAUGUAGAUUCAGAGUAUUCAUACAUUAGGCAAUACUGUUCAAGUUGUUGGUAAUAAUAUUUAGCUACCCAGAACAUAUAAUUAAAAACUCGGGAGAUUAAAUGCCACUGUUACAGAGGUACAAAUAAAAGUUUGUGUAACAAAAAGGCAGGUUUUAGAUAACAUUGCUUAUUUGUUGAAAAUAUUUAUUUUGCCUUCCUGUUUUGGAUUUCAAAACAUAUAUAAAUGGCACAUUGUUGAUUAGUGGAACAUAGUCUUUUUUUGAGUAUUAAUAUUCACUUUUCAGCUGUAUAAUAUUUUUGCAAAUUAAUUUGCAAAUCUGAAGGAUCUUUGCAGUAAAAUCCAUCUGAUAAAGUGCUUGGGUCAUAAUUUGGUUUCAAAUAUAAACUGAGUAUCAAACCUUUAUAAGGUAAAAGUGAUUGAUUUUAUCAGACAAUAAAUUCCAAUACCAUUGAUGACUAGUCUACAAUCCAUCAUGAAUAGCAAUAUAAAGAGAAAGAAUAGGCCAAAUGCUACUAGUAAACCUGUCAGACCAAAAGGACCACAGGAAAAAAGUGUUACAGUUGAAGGUGUGUAUUGUAAUACAAGAUUCAUGCACAGUGCUGCUUCAAUUGUGGGUUGUAUUGUUCAAGUUCAAACAAAGGACGGUAGCAUAACUGAAGGAGUUUUCAAGACAUUUUCCCCCAAGAUGGAGCUAGUGCUGGAAAUGCCAUACAAAGUGGAUAAAAAAGCUGCCAAAGUUUCAUCUAUCCACAAUUUAGAUCCAAGUCUCGGUAGUUUUAUUAACAACUUUAACACUCAAGAUUAUGCACCUGAAAAACUUAUUUUUUCUCUAGAAGACGUCGUAUUGGUUAACGCUGUGAAUGUAGACUUAGACUAUGCAACUAAAUGUAAAGGUUUCACAGACUCUUCAAUAAGCAAGUUUAAUGGCCAGAUUGUGGAGAGAGAGCUCGAGCCAUGGGAAGGACCACCAGAAGUAUUUGAUGGGACGGUCUCUCUAGAAUCAAAUGACGAUACAAAAAAUGGAUGGGAUCCUAAUGAAAUGUUUAAAACAAAUGCUGAAAAGUAUGGAGUGACAUCAACAUACGAUAGCACUUUACAAGGCUACACCGUACCUUUAGAACGAAAGAACACAGAAGAAUAUAAACAACAAGAAGCCAAAGCUGUGAAAAUAGCCCUAGAAAUAGAGAAUACUCAACAGCAUCAUGCAAGAACAGCUCUAGAGAAUGGUGAUGAAGAAGAAAGAUAUAGUGCUGUAAUAAGGCCUACAGAAAACAUGCAUAACUGUUCCAGUAGAUACGUUCCACCUCAAAGAAGAAGAAAUAUUCCAGGAGGUAAACCGGUACGAAACGUUACUCAGCCGUCUUCACAAAACCAGUCAAAGUUAACACACCAUGCUGGUGCACCGGUGUAUCCUCAUAAUAAUGGCAGAUUUGUAGCUUCCAUACCAAGUCCUACAGUUGCCCCCCUUAACCAUGACUACUCCAAGCCUCCGUUAACUUCUCAGACCCCAGUUAUUCCAGCUCAGCAACGACCAAUGUCACCUCAUCGUGCAGCUCGUUUUCAGGAAUCUAAAAAAAUAAGAGUAAAUGGGAAUGAAAUGUCCCAACUUAACUGUAGAACAGAAGAAUCGAAGACAGCUAUUUUGACAGGAAACUUACCAAUUGCUGGUCAGAACUCCAGUAAGGCAACUCCAGUAUCUCAGUCUGUCACUUCGACAGUAAAACCUUGUGAAAAGAAAAAAGACUUGGAGAAGAAUGGAGGAAAUCAAAAGGGACGAGAUGAACAAUUAGCAGAAUUUAAAAGGUUUAGUUCCGAUUUCAGGGUGAGUUUUUAGCUGUUUGAUUUUACUUUUAGUA